AUGGAGCUAAUGGGGGCCCUUCAGCCUGACCUCCCCUCUCCUUCAGCCAUCCCUCAUGACCAUUACAAAGUUAUCAUUGACCUUAAAGAUUGCUUUUUCACCAUUCCUCUGUAUCCUGAGGACCAAAAGCGAUUUGCCUUUAGCGUGCCUUCCACCAAUUUCAAAGAACCUUUCCAGAGGUAUCAAUGGACUGUCCUCCCCCAAGGGAUGGCAAACAGUCCUAUCCUGUGCCAAAAGUACGUGGCUCAAGCCAUUAUGCCCACCAGACAAUGCUGGGGUCAAAUGUACAUUGUUCACUAUAUGGAUGACAUACUCGUAUCUGGACAGGAUCCCUCGGAAGUUUUAACAUGUGUACUCCAUUUAAAACAAAAUCUUGUUGAGGCAGGAUUACAGAUAGCCCCUCAAAAAGUCAAACUUCAGGAACCAUAUAUGUAUCUUGGUUUCCAAUUAUCCCACAAUCUAGUUCGAGUUCAAAAGCCUGCCCUACGCAUAGAUAACCUACACACCCUUAAUGACUUCCAAAAACUCCUAGGGGAUAUCAAUUGGCUCCGUCCUUACUUAAAACUAACUACGGGAGAGCUUAAACCUCUAUUUGACAUCCUUCAAGGGCCCUCAGACCCCACUUCCCCUCGAGCACUCACCUUGGAAGCUCGGCAAGCAUUAACCAAGGUAGAACAGGCCGUGGCUGAUCACUCUGUCCAUAAUGUCAAUUACUCUAAACCACUUGAUGUAAUUAUUUUCCACACUGAAUUGACCCCUACUGAAGUUUUUUGGCAAGGCCACCCUAUCCUGUGGCUGCAUUUACCAUCUUCACCCAGAAAAGUCCUCUUGCCCUACUAUGAGGCUGUUGCUCAGCUUAUUGUCGUGGCCAGAACGACCGGUCACAAGUUAUAUGGCAGGGACCCCUCAAAAAUAAUCCAGUCAUACUCUAAAUCACAAGUUAAUUGGCUCUUACAAAAUUCUAACUCCUGGCUUAUUGCCUGUGCCUCCUUUUCAGGAAUUAUAGACAAUCACCUCCCUCCUGAUAAGCUCCUACAGUUCUGUAAUACUCGUCAGUUCAUUUUUCCACAAAUUAUUCGUAAAGAGCCAAUUCCAAGUGCGCUGACAGUUUUUACAGACGGGUCCUCUAAUGGCACCGUGGCCUAUGUCUGCCGUGACUCUUGUGUGUCUUUUGUUACACCCCACACCUCUGCACAAUUGGUCGAACUUGAGGCUAUUUUAAAGGUACUCUCUGAUUUUCAUAAUCAACCGUUAAACAUUUAUACUGACAGUUCAUACCUCGCUCAAUCUAUACCUGCCCUUGAAACAGUUUCAUUUAUUAAGCCCUCCUCCACAGCGUCAGUUUUGUUCCAGACCUGCCAGAGAUUGAUUCGUCAGCACACCAUGCCAUUCCACCUUGGUCACCUUCGUGCUCAUUCAGGCUUACCAGGGCCCCUGGUGCAGGGCAAUGCUUUAGCGGACGCUGCCACUCGCGGUCCUCCCACACUCUUGGUGGACUCUGUUCAACAGGCAGAGGAGGAGCACGCCCUUCACCACCUCAAUUCCCAUUCAUUGCGAGUUCUUUAUCGCAUCACUCGCGAACAGGCCAGACAGAUUGUCAAAAACUGUCCCUCAUGUCCCACCUUUGUUCCAGUUCCAUCUCUGGGGGUCAACCCCAGAGGACUCUUGCAAAAUGCUAUUUGGCAGAUGGAUGUUACUCAUCAUACCCCUUUUGGGCGUAUGCGUUUUAUUCAUGUCUCGGUAGACACCUUUAGUGGAUUUCUCAUGGCGACCCUGCAAUCAGGGGAAGCCACCAGAAUUUGGUCAGUGUACUUGGACUAG